AGAUGCAUACAUAAUGCACCUAUUGGAGGUGAAUUGAUUUUAUAAUUAUGCUUAUAAUAUAGAAAUAUUUUGGCUGUGGCCGAAAAGGGUAAGAAACCGUCAAUCAGCUUAUACGAUUUGGAUAAAUUCAAACACAUAAGGCAGCUGACCAUACCAUAUGAAUCUAAAGCCAACAGUUUCAUAAAUAUUAAGUUUUCUUAUGACGACGUAUAUGUGGCUGCGCUUUCUGGCGAUCCUGAUUAUAUAAUGUACUAUUACAAUUGGAGACAGUCGAAAGUCGAGAGUCACUUGCAAGUUGUAACCUCAGCGAACGCCGCUGGACCUGUAUCAGAUAUGGCGUUAAAUCCAGUCAAUAGCGGUUUAUGCUGUUUUGUUGGCAAGGGAUUGUUCCGUUCGAUGGUCAUGGGCGAAUUGGUUUGGAAACAAUACGGAUUUCACAAAGCCAACAAAUUUAAUUUUAGUACUGUGUGUUGGUUAAAUAGCGAGAGAGUUUUAGCUGGUACUGUUGAUGGUCGUAUAUUUUUGAUCGAAAAUGGUGAAUUAAAGUCUGUUUACAACAUUCAGACUCUCUCGGAGUUCGACCCAAAUGUGAUAGAUCCAAAUCCAUUGCAAGUACGGCCACUAUUAGAUAGUCGGGAUAUGAAAAUUCAAUACUUUACACCAGUUAGAAAUGGACUAAUGUUUGUGGUGGAUGGUUACCAAGUUUACUACUACAAAAUUAAAGGGAAUCGGUAUAGAAAAAGCAUCGUGUUUCAAGUGCCUAGAGACGGCGAACGUCAAGUGAAUAUCAGUGAAGGUAGUGGCGAUAGUGGCAGUAACAGCAACGGUGACGGUGAUGGAAAUACCGAUGACAGUGUCGGUGGUGAUUGUAAAGUAUCAGAUGCUAUAAAUACGUUGAGUGUUAGCCCAAAAAACAAGAAACUAGUUUGCGUCACUGGCACAUCUCGAUUGUAUUGGUCAUCGACAGAAGGAAAAUCCGGAAUGAUGGAUGUAGAGCUUGAACCGUUUGGCGAGACGCUGCACCGUGGUGGCGUGUUUGGUCUGUCUGUUAGUGAUUGGAAACCCAUCUUCAUGACUUGUGGAAAAGUUGAUCGGACUGUGAAACUGUGGGACUAUAUGAGACGCACGUUGCUGCUGUCUCAGUGCUACGAUGAGGACGUGCACGAUGUGUCGCUACACCCAACGGGGUCAUACGCGGUAGUAGCGUUUCAAGAUCGUGUCGUGUUUAACGUUAUAUACGACUCCGUAGCGCUGAAACCACGCCGAGAGUUUCCCGCGGAUAAUUGUCAUUUGGUUCGGUUUAGUUUAUCCGGUCACAUGUUUGCUGUCAUCAACAACCUGGUUAUCGACGUCUAUUGCUCGAUUACAUUCGACAAACGAUUCACGCUUUCUGGCCACAAGAAUAAAAUCACAGAUCUAGUUUGGGCCAACAGUGACUGGAAGUUGGUGUCGUGCGACGUCGAUGCUCGAAUGUGUAUCUUUAAUUUGUAUACGAAUGAACACGUGAUCGACAUCAAAUUUUUGAAUAAGACAUUCGUUAGUCUUGCUGUAUCGAACAAUAUGAAACAAAUCUACACGGCUUCACCUGAUGGCAGAGUCAGAGAGUUAUAUAACCGAACGGUGAUUCGUGAUAAAGAUUUAGACCAUGGUCCGUUAAAUACUAUAAUUCUAUCCAGGUCAGAUUUAAUUUUAUUCAUAGCGUGUCAAAACGGCGUCAUAUUAUCUCUGGAAUUGCCAAUCAAGUCUCAAAUCAAAUACAAAGAAUUUUGCAUUCACAAUAAAACUAUAUCAAAGAUGCGGUUGUCAAUAAACGAUUCAACAUUGAUAACGUGCUCUGUGGAUGGUAGCAUUUGUAUAUGGUAUGUGAAAAACUCCAAAGGGAAGAUUACACAUGCUACUACAAAAUUUUCAGAUGAUAUUCUCGUUUCAUCUAAUUAUUUGAAGAAUAAAGUUGAAACGGUUUCAAUUUUAAAUUUGAGGUUAAUAGAAUUGGAAAAAAACAGUGAAAAUGAUAUAGUUCAACUAGAAAAAUCUCACGAAAGACAGUUACGAAAAAUAAAAAAUCAAUUUUCUUUGAAGAUGGAACUAGUAAAACAAAAAGAAAAUGAAAUGUAUGCAUUACAUGUUGGCGAUAAAAUUCGUUUAGAAAAUGAAAUCACUAAUCUAAAGCAAAACCAAGAAUCCGAUAUUCAAAUGUUGAAAGAUAGUUACGAGGAACAACUUAGAUAUGAAGAUGAAAAAUACGUUAAGACAGAAAAAGAUAUAUUUGAUAUAAAUAAUGGUUUAAAGAGACAAACAGAAAUAAUUUUAACCACUCAUGAAACGAGUAUGCAGGAAUUAGCCAAAAAAUUCGAAGAAGAUUUAAAGAAAGAAGAGGACAUUUUUCAAAAAUUCAAGGACGAAUUGAGCAAGGAAAUGAAUCAAUAUGAAAUUGAGAUAGACGAAUUUGACUACCAAGGUGAUUGGGAAGUGUAUGGGCUGUUUAAUGAAAUUGUGCCCGAAUAUCAAAAGUUGUCAUGGAAAAAUAAAAAAGCACAAAAAGAAGUCAAUGCAUUAAAAGUUAAGAUUAGAAUGGCCAAAAAAGAAGAAGAAGACAUAAAGUAUAUGGUUGAUAAAUUUGAUGACGACAUUAAGAAAAUGAUAGCAGAUGAAGAAAUAUUAGAUGAAAAAAUUGAAGUGAUGGAAAAGACGAUGCAAGAAUGUAAUGCGACUAUACAAGGUAAAGAUAAUUGGAUGGAAAAUGAGAAAUUGAAUAUGAAAGACGUUGAAAUACAAAUAUUAGUAUUAAGGUUCAAUAAGGAAGAACAAAUAAAAGUUAUCGAUCCAUUGAAAAUGAAACUUAAUAAUUUAAAAGCAUUCAAAGAUUCGAUGUUGUUUUUUAAAUAUGAAAUUGGAAAUUCGAUGGAACAAAUGAACUUGGAAUGUGGUAUGGUAAGACAAAAGAUAAAAUCAAAAAAAAAAGAGUUAAAACAAAUUGUAGGAGGAAUUAGAAUACGGGAAGCGUUUAUUAAAAAUUUGCAGCUCGAAGUAUACUACAUCUACAAAGGCAUAGAUAAUGAAGUUAAAUUAAGAGAUUCCAUUAGUAGUUUACAUCUUAAAUUUACAAAUAGUAAUUGGUUAGAUGGAAAAAAAUCAAAUGACUUGUUAAGACAGAGACAAUUUUUAGAAAGGGCCGUGACCAACUUAGAACGCCGCAAAACUGUAGCUGAUGAACGACAGAAUCCUUUGCAAUUCGAUAUUGUUGAAAAAAAUCAAUUUCUUCUCCUUUUAGUUAAUAAGUUGAGAAAAGAAGUAAAGACGAAUGAGUCCAAGUGCAAAGAAUUACAGAGUAUUAUUGAAAAGAAAACCUGUCGAUCGGUAUUGGUCGAAAAUAUUAAAGUUAAAGAAGAAGAAGAAAAAGAAAAAGAAAAAGAACAAGAACAGUCAUUUAAAAGUUUAUGAAAACCAGUCGAAUGACUUUGUGAAAAAUUCUUAUUAAUAUUAGUGAUGGAGUAAAACAGAAUUAGGUUUAAUUAUAU